CUGUUGUAAAGGGACUUCCUGUAACAUCGAGAAGCUGAAAACGUUUACCUUACAUUUUGAUUUUCUGUGGAUUCUUCAUCAAAAUGGCACGUAACAGUGAAAAGGCAAUGACCACACUGGCCCGAUGGCGAGCUGCACAUUUAGACGGAACAAGAGAAAAGGAAAGACGUCCUUAUUUGGCUUCUGAUUGCGAAGAUGUGAGUAAAGCUGAAAAAUGGCGCCGGCAGAUCAUCGGGGAAAUAUCACGGAAGGUGGCCCAAAUCCAGAAUGCUGGUCUGGGUGAGUUCAAGCUGCGAGAUCUGAAUGAUGAGAUCAACAAGCUGUUGAGGGAGAAGGGUCACUGGGAGGACCGCAUCAAGGAGCUGGGGGGACCAGAUUACAAGAGAGUUGGACCCAAGAUGCUGGACCAUGAUGGGAAGGAGGUGCCAGGAAACAGAGGGUACAAAUAUUUUGGAGCAGCCAAGGAUCUACCAGGUGUUCGAGAAUUAUUUGAACAAGAACCUCCGCCCCAGCCUCGGAAGACCAGAGCCGAGUUAAUGAAGGACAUUGAUGCUGAUUACUAUGGUUACCGAGAUGAGGAUGAUGGGAUACUUAUCCCCCAGGAGCAGGACACAGAAAAGCAAGCCAUUGCCAAGAAAGUUCGGGACUGGAAGGAGCAACAGGAGAAGAUCAGUCGCGGGGAGGUCACGGAGGAGGACGCCAUGGAAACCGAGGAGGAAAUCUACCUGCCGGAGGAGAUUGAAGAGGAAAUUACAGAAACUCAAAAAACAGAAGAAACAGCUGAACACUUUAUUGCCCAUGUCCCAGUGCCAUCCCAGAAAGAGAUUGAGGAGGCACUGGUGAUGCGGAAGAAGAUGGAGUUGUUGAAGAAGUACGCGAGUGAAAGUCUCCUGGAGGAGGAGGAGGGUGUGCGGAAGAUGCUGGGUGUCUGAUGGGACGGGCA